AUGGCGCGAUCCGGGCUUCUGAAUCGACUUCAACCCCGAUCGUUUGAAUCACCUCUACUCAUUACCCUCACUCUGCUCGUCGUCAGCCUCCUGCUGCCCUCCGCUGCAUUCCCCUCGUUCCACCCUCAUCCCAUGAAGCCGCGCGAGUCGCAACAGCUCAUGUUCCGGAAAUUCCUCCCCGCCAGCAAACCCAGCGCGAACUCCCUGCAGUCAGAUUCCGACUCUCACGCUCCAUACGGUCCCGAUUCCGGGGAAGAAACUAUAAGUCAGGAAGCCAGCGUGACCGCGUCGCAGCCUCCCGUUUGCGGUGGAGCUGGUGUUUCUGGCGAUCCGUCUGCUGCUGGGAGGCCUUGCCUCAUGGCACUGACCCAGCCUGCCAGCGGCGGCUCGAGGACAGACUCCUCACCCACGGAAACAGCUAGCGACGCGAACAGACUUCUAUUGGACAACUCAGCAGCCGCCGCGAAGCGUGGAGGGGAACUCGGCGACAGCAGCAGCGCCACGGACGGCGCUGCCGCCGGCAGCAACGGCAUCGGUGACAUGGUCGCGCGGAUCGCGCAGAUCAGAACAGCUGCUGUGGCGGGCGGAAACGGUGACCUUGAGGAACCCGACGCUGCUCGGGUCAACUCGCGCUCACGGGAUUUCCGCGACAUGUCGUUGGAGCCGCUGCAGAAGGCGAAAAAUGCGAAUUUGGACGAGAUUCUGGCGCGCUCCGGUGGUACAAAUGCUGAUUCAGACCCCGAUGACAGUGCGUCUGAAUCUACUGUCAGUGGUGAGGCGAAACCUUCGGAGGGAGAGGCGGACGACGGCGAGAAGGUAACAGGCGAGGCGGGCGGAGAGCGCGAGAGCGAGAACGACGCAGGAGCGGAUGGUGAUGCGGGCGAUAAGGCAGAAGUGAAUGAUGCGGAGGAGGGGGAGACGGAGAACGAGGUGACGGGACAGGGGGUCCAGGGAUCUUCUUCAAAUGUGGUGAUGGUGUCGGGGGUUGACGAGGAAACAGUCAAGUCUCCGGAGACGGGUGCGAACGACGACGAGGAGGAGGAGCAGCAGGAGGAGGGGGGGAGCCAAGUGGAAGUGGGCGGAGUGAAGCCCGCAUCUGGCAAGGGAGAGAUUGCGUCCGCCAACGACAACGACGACGGGCGACGGCCGCUCGUGGCGUCCGUGUCUGGUUCUGCUGCCACGUCGCAUGAGCCGUCGUCACCUUCGAACGCGUCGCAGGAGUCGCAAGAGUCGCAGGAGUCGUCUGAUACGUCCCUCGGUGUAGCGGACUUGGAGGUGGUGGGCGUGCCGCAGCUCACGGAGAUCGACCGCACUUCAGGCGACGUGCGGCUGACACUCGACCAAUACGCCGGAUUGGGCGCUGUUAACUCCAAGUCGUACCUGCGGUUCGGGUUCGUGUCGGCGCGGAUCAAGGUGCCGCCUGUGUACUCGGGGAGCGUCAUCACCACGCUCUAUCUCACUAGCAAGCUGCCUGGGCGGCACGACGAGAUAGACUUUGAGCUGAUAGGCAGCGAGAGCCCGAGCGGCAUCCGCAUCCACACCAACUACUACGCCAACGGCAAGGGCGGGCAUGAGGAGCAGAUGCAGCCGUGGUUCGACCCCACCAGUGAAUUUCACACAUACAGCGUGCGCUGGUCGCCCGAGGCCAUUGUCUGGUAUGUGGAUGAGCGCCCCAUACGAGAGACGCGCUUCAACCCGCACAACCCAGCAGUGGGUGUGGUGUCACCACUGCGGGUGUGCGCAAGCGUCUGGUCCGCGGACUGGGCUAUGCCUCCUAUGGAUUGGUCAUACGGCCCGUUCACAGCCCAGUACCAAGAAUUCAACUUUUCCUCCAACCACUCUCACGCCAAGAGCUCGCCCACCAGCAGCAGCAGCAGCAGUGACGUGGAAAAGGAGCUGGGGGAAGAGGGACUGAGUGCGCAGGAGAGGGCGGAUAUGCAGCGGAAUGCAAAGAGGGAUGGGAAUAAGACGGAGGGGGACAAGAAAGAUGGGGAAGGGGGGGAAAGCGAGGGAAAGGUUGGCAACACAUUGGGGGAGGCUGACACUGCUGCUGCUCCCAAGAAUGCUGAUGCUCCCAUGAGUGCUGCUGCUCCCAAGAAUGCUGAUGCUCCCAAGAGUGCUGCCGCUCCUAAGAACGACACUGUUCCCAAGGGUGCCAUGGUCAACAAAGGCAAAUAG